GGGUGGUCCUCGGGAAAGCCCCCCGGUUUCGGGGACGUCGGAACCACUCUCAGGGGCCUCCCAGGCCCGGGAGACGUCCCGGCCGCCCCCUUCCCCUUCUGUCGCAGCGAUCGUAUAAACCACCUGACGUCUCUCCCAAAAUCAAGAAGGAAGGUAAAAUCUCUGAUGCCUCAAAUCAUCACUCACCUUAAAGAUCUCAAUCAAAACUCAGCUCUGAACACACAAGCAAUACCCAGGUUGAUCCAAUCAACACCGGCCUUGGGUAGAGUAGGCAGGGCAUGGGUGGCCAAUGGCACCUCUUGCCUUUCCUGGCUCCUCAUUGGAAGAGAUGCGGGUCGAGAGGAGGGACUUCCUGUCCAGCUGGGAAUGACUUCCCUCGUGUAGGUUCUCCGCCCUCGGAUUCACUCCGGAAGUCGGCGUCAACACUACCCCUGGGCCGGCAGUGAAGCCGAGUAAAGGUUUGAGCGUCUCCUGGGGUCAGGACGCUGAUCACUGAAUUUCUGCCUCUGUCGCCUCUUCUUUCCUGCCUGAGGAUGGCGACGUACACCUGCAUCACCUGCCGGGUGGCGUUCGAAGACCCGGAGAUGCAGCGGGCUCACUACAAAACGGAUUGGCACCGCUACAACUUGAAGCGAAAAGUGGCCGACAUGGCCCCGGUCACUGCCGAGGGCUUCCAGGAGCGCGUGCGGGCCCAGCGGGCCGUGGCGGAGCAGGAGAGCAAGGGCACGGCCACCUACUGCACCGUCUGCAGUAAGAAGUUCGCCUGUUUGAACGCCUACGAAAACCACCUCAAGUCCCGGCGGCAUGUGGAACUGGAGAGGAAGGCGGUGAAUCGCAAGGUGGAGAUGAUGAAUGAGAAGAACUUGGAGAAAGGGUUGGGCUUGGACAGUGUGGACAAGGAUGCCAUGAACGCGGCCAUCCAGCAAGUCAUCAAGGCUCAGCCAUCUCCCAAGAAGGGCCCCAUAGCGCCUAAUAAAGAGUCCGGGAGUCCCGGGAGUCCCGCGCCGGCGGCCGAAGGAGGACGUGUGACUAACGACCGAGACCCAGCGGAGAAACCUCCCCGGUGGCAGUGGUUUGAACGGCAGGCGAAGAAGCUGGCGAAGCAGCAGGGGGAGGAGGGAAGUGAGGAAGAAGACCUGGAUGGAGAUGAUUGGGAAGAUCUUGAUUCUGAUGAAGAACUGGAAGGUGAGGAUGCUGAAUCCAUGGAUGAGUUGGAGGAGCAGGAUGCAGAGGAGAAAGAGGCCGGAGGAAGUGCCCCUCUUGGUGCCAUCUCUAUAAAGGACUGCUUAUUUUGUCCCCACCAUUCAAGCUCCCUCAUGAAGAAUGUGGCUCACAUGACUAAAAUCCAUAGCUUCUUUAUUCCCGAUAUAGAGUAUCUUUCGGAUCUUAAGGGACUGAUUCGGUAUUUGGGAGAGAAGGUUGGUGUUGGGAAGAUUUGCUUGUGGUGCAAUGAGAAAGGGAAGUCCUUCUACUCUACAGAAGCUGUACAAGCGCAUAUGAAUGACAAAAGCCACUGUAAGCUCUUCACAGAUGGUGAUGCUGUUUUGGAGUUUGCAGACUUUUAUGACUUUAGGAGUAGCUACCCAGACGAUAAAGAAGGGGAGGAUCCUGAUGAGGCUGAGGUGUUGCCCUCAGAAAACACCUUGGUUUAUGAUGAUGAAACCAUGGAGCUGAUUCUACCUUCUGGUGCCAGAGUGGGUCAUCGGUCCUUGAUGAGAUACUACAAACAGCGGUUUGGCUUGUCGAGAACUGUGGCGGUUGCCAAGAAUCAGAAGGCCGUGGGCCGGGUCCUGCAGCAGUACAGAGCCCUGGGAUGGACCGGCAGCACAGGAGCAGCUCUUAUGAACAAGCGGGACAUGCAGUAUGUUCAAAGGAUGAAGUCAAAAUGGUUGCUGAAGACGGCGAUGAAGAACAACGCCACCAAGCAGAUGCACUUUAGGCCCCAGGUGAUGUUCUGAGGGCCUGCCACCGACUGCACGGUGCCGGCCUUGCCUGCGGACCGGCGGAGCCGCACUGUAUGACGGACCCUGUAUGCUGCUACACUUCUCCCCGUACUUCUCUGUGCUGACCUAAGAAUAAAAGACAGAAUUGUAUUGGC